UUCUGGGCAUCGCUAUGGAACUGUUUCUGCUGUGCAGUGAUGAUGCAGAGUCAGAUGUCAGGAUGGUGGCUGAUGAAUGCCUCAACAAAGUUAUAAAAGCUUUGAUGGAUUCUAGUCUUCCGAGAUUACAGUUAGAACUCUAUAAGGAGAUUAAAAAGAAUGGUGCCCCUCGAAGUUUGCGUGCUGCCCUGUGGAGGUUUGCUGAGCUGGCUCACCUGGUUCGCCCUCAGAAAUGCAGACCUUACCUGGUGAACCUUCUGCCGUGCCUGACUCGAACCAGCAAGAGACCCGAGGAGUCAGUCCAGGAGACUUUGGCUGCAGCUGUGCCCAAGAUUAUGGCGUCUUUUGGCAAUUUUGCAAAUGACAGUGAAAUUAAGGUUCUGCUAAAGGCUUUCAUAGCAAAUCUGAAGUCAAGCUCCCCUACCAUUCGGCGGACAGCAGCAGGAGCAGCAGUGAGCAUCUGCCAGCACUCCAGAAGGACGCAGUAUUUUUAUAGCUGGCUACUAAAUGUGCUCUUAGGUCUGCUUGUCCCUGUCGAGGAUGAACACUCCACCCUCCUGAUUCUUGGUGUGCUGCUCACUUUGAGAUAUUUGGUGCCCUUGCUGCAGCAGCAGGUCAAGGACAUGAGCCUGAAAGGCAGCUUUGGGUUGACACAGAAAGAAAUGGAAGUCUCUCCCUCUGCAGAGCAGCUUGUCCAGGUUUAUGACCUGACCUUGCGUCAUACACAGCACCAGGACCACAACGUCGUGACGGGAGCCCUUGAACUCCUGCAGCAGCUCUUUAGGACCCCCCCGCCUGAGCUCCUGCAAGCUCUGACCACGACAGGUGGGAUUGGGCAGCUGGCGGUGGCUAAAGAUGAGUCCAGUGGCCGAAGUCGUAGUGGGAGUAUUGUGGAACUCAUAGGCAAAGUGCUCUUAGGAGAAGAAGAAGCCUUGGACGAUGACUCUGAGUCGAGGUCAGACGUCAGCAGCUCAGCCUUUGCAGCCUCAGUGAAGGGUGAGAUCAGUGGAGAGCUGGCUGCUUCUCCGGGAGUCUCCACUGCUGGGUCUGCGGAUCACGACAUCAUAACUGAGCAGCCACGGUCACAGCACACGUUGCAGGCAGACUCGGUGGAUCUGGCUGGCUGUGACUUGUCGAGUGCAGCCACCGAUGGGGACGAGGAGGAUAUCUUGAGCCAUAGUUCUAGCCAAAUCAGCGCUGUCCCGUCUGACCCUGCCAUGGACCUGAACGAUGGGACCCAGGCCUCUUCGCCCAUCAGCGAUAGCUCCCAGACCACCACUGAAGGGCCUGAUUCAGCUGUGACCCCUUCAGACAGUUCGGAAAUUGUGUUAGAUGGUGCUGAUAGCCAGUACUCAGGCUCGCAGACUGGACAGCCGCACGAUGAAGAUGAGGAGGUCGCAGGUCUUCCUCCCGAUGAAGCCUCGGAACCUUUUGAAAACUCUUUAGUUGCCCUUCAACAAGCACAUUUGUUGAAAAACAUGGGUCAUAGCAGGCAGCCUUCUGACAGCAGUAUAGAUAAAUUUGUAUCAAGAGAUGAAGCUGCUGAACCAGGUGAUCAAGGAAACAAGCCUUGCCGUAUCAGAGGAGACAUAGGGCAGUCCACUGAUGAUGAUUCUGCACCUCUUGUCCAUUGUGUCCGCCUUUUAUCUGCUUCAUUUUUGCUAACUGGGGAAAAAAAUGCGCUGGUUCCAGACAGGGAUGUGAGGGUCAGUGUGAAGGCCCUGGCACUCAGCUGUGUUGGAGCAGCUGUGGCCCUUCAUCCGGAAUCUUUCUUCAGCAAACUGUACAAAGUACCUCUUGACAUCACAGAAUGCCCUGAGGAGCAUUAUGUCUCAGACAUCUUGAACUACAUUGAUCACGGGGACCCACAGGUCAGAGGAGCCUCUGCCAUUCUCUGUGGGACCCUUAUCUCCUCCAUCCUCAGUAGGUCCCGCUUCCAUGUGGGAGACUGGAUGGGCGCCAUUAGAACUCGGACAGGAAAUACAUUUUCUCUGGUGGACUGCAUUCCUUUGCUGCGGAAAACUUUGAAGGAUGAAUCUUCUGUUACUUGCAAGAUGGCUUGUACAGCUGUGCGGCACUGUGUCAUGAGCCUCUGCAGCAGCAGCUACAGCGAGUUAGGCCUGCAGCUGAUUGUCGAUGUGCUGGCUCUGAGGAAUAGUUCCUACUGGCUGGUGAGGACAGAACUUUUGGAAACUCUUGCAGAGAUUGACUUUAGGCUGGUGAGCUUUUUGGAGGCGAAAGCAGAAAACAUGCAUCGAGGGGCUCCUCAUCAUACAGGGCUUUUAAAACUGCAAGACCGGGUGCUCAACAAUGUUGUCAUCUAUUUGCUUGGGGAUGAAGACCCCAGGGUGCGACACGUUGCUGCUGCGUCCUUAAUGAGGCUUGUGCCAAAGCUGUUUUAUAAAUGUGACCAAGGACAGGCUGAUCCAGUAGUGGCUGUGGCAAGAGAUCAAAGCAGUGUUUACCUGAAACUUCUCAUGCACGAGACGCAGCCUCCGUCUCACUUCUCUGUCAGCACAAUAACCAGAAUAUAUAGAGGCUAUAACUUACUCCCAAGCAUAACAGAUGUCACUAUGGAAAACAACCUUUCAAGAGUUGUUGCAGCAGUUUCUCAUGAACUAAUCACGUCAACCACGCGAGCACUCACAUUUGGAUGCUGUGAAGCUUUGUGUCUUCUUUCGACUGCCUUCCCAGUUUGCAUCUGGAGUUUAGGUUGGCACUGUGGAGCUCCCCCGCUGAGUGCCUCAGAUGAAUCUAGAAAGAGCUGUACUGUCGGGAUGGCCACAGUGAUUCUUACCCUACUCUCAUCAGCUUGGUUCCCAUUGGAUCUCUCAGCCCAUCAAGAUGCUCUGAUUUUGGCUGGAAACUUGCUUGCAGCCAGUGCCCCCAAAUCUCUGAGAAGUCCAUGGACCUCAGAAGAAGAAGCCAACCCUGCAGCUACCAAACAAGAGGAGGUCUGGCCAGCCCUGGGUGAGCGGACGCUGGUGCCCAUGGUGGAGCAGCUCUUCUCCCACCUGCUGAAGGUGAUUAACAUCUGCGCCCAUGUCUUGGACGAUGUGGCUCCUGGGCCAGCGAUAAAGGCAGCCUUGCCUUCUCUAACAAAUCCCCCUUCUCUAAGUCCCAUCCGACGAAAGGGAAAGGAGAAAGAACCAGGAGAACAAGCAUCAGUACCGUUGAGUCCCAAGAAAGGCAGCGAGGCCAGUGCAGCCUCUAGACAGUCUGAUACCUCAGGGCCUGUUACAACAAGUAAAUCCUCAUCUCUGGGGAGUUUCUAUCAUCUUCCUUCAUACCUCAAAUUGCAUGAUGUCCUGAAAGCUACUCACGCUAACUACAAGGUCACCUUGGAUCUUCAGAACAGCACUGAAAAGUUUGGUGGGUUUCUGCGCUCUGCCUUGGAUGUUCUCUCUCAGAUUCUAGAACUGGCAACACUGCAGGACAUCGGGAAGUGUGUUGAAGAGAUCCUAGGAUACCUGAAAUCUUGCUUUAGUCGAGAGCCAAUGAUGGCAACGGUUUGUGUACAACAGUUGUUGAAGACUCUCUUUGGAACAAACUUGGCCUCCCAGUUUGAUGGCUUAUCUUCCAACCCCAGCAAGUCUCAAGGACGAGCACAACGCCUUGGCUCGUCCAGCGUGAGGCCAGGCUUGUAUCACUACUGCUUCAUGGCUCCGUACACCCACUUCACCCAGGCCUUAGCAGAUGCCAGCCUGCGGAACAUGGUGCAGGCGGAGCAGGAGCACGACACCUCGGGAUGGUUUGAUGUACUUCAGAAAGUGUCUACCCAAUUGAAGACAAACCUCACCAGCGUCACAAAGAACCGUGCAGAUAAGAAUGCUAUUCAUAAUCACAUUCGUUUAUUUGAACCUCUUGUUAUAAAGGCUUUAAAACAGUACACGACGACAACAUCUGUGCAGUUACAAAAGCAGGUUCUAGAUUUGCUGGCACAGCUGGUUCAGUUACGGGUUAAUUACUGUCUUCUGGAUUCAGAUCAGGUGUUUAUUGGGUUUGUGUUGAAACAGUUUGAAUACAUCGAGGUGGGCCAGUUCAGGGAAUCAGAGGCAAUUAUUCCAAACAUCUUUUUCUUCCUGGUAUUACUGUCUUAUGAACGCUAUCAUUCAAAACAGAUCAUUGGAAUCCCUAAAAUCAUUCAGCUGUGUGAUGGCAUCAUGGCCAGUGGGAGGAAGGCUGUGACACAUGCCAUACCUGCUCUGCAGCCCAUAGUCCAUGACCUCUUUGUGUUAAGAGGAGCAAAUAAGGCUGAUGCAGGAAAAGAGCUUGAAACCCAGAAGGAAGUGGUGGUGUCAAUGCUACUGAGACUCAUCCAGCACCAUCAGGUGUUGGAGAUGUUCAUUCUCGUCCUGCAGCAGUGCCACAAGGAGAACGAAGACAAGUGGAAACGGCUGUCUCGGCAGGUCGCUGACAUCAUCCUCCCGAUGCUAGCCAAGCAACAGAUGCACAUUGACUCUCAUGAAGCCCUUGGAGUCUUAAAUACGUUAUUUGAGAUACUGGCCCCUUCCUCCCUCCGUCCAGUGGACAUGCUUUUACGGAGUAUGUUUGUCACUCCAAACACGAUGGCAUCUGUGAACACUGUUCAGCUGUGGAUAUCAGGGAUCCUAGCCAUUUUGAGGGUUCUAAUUUCCCAGUCAACUGAAGAUAUUGUUCUUUCUCGUAUUCAGGAGCUCUCCUUCUCUCCAUAUUUAAUCUGCUGUCCAGUAAUUAAUAGGUUAAGAGAUGGGGACAGUAAUUCAACCCCGGAAGAACACAGUAAAGGGAGACAAAUGAAGAAUUUGCCAGAAGAAACAUUUUCAAGGUUUCUGUUACAGCUCGUCGGUAUUCUUUUAGAGGACAUUGUUACAAAACAGCUGAAAGUGGAAAUGAGUGAACAGCAACAUACUUUCUAUUGCCAAGAACUAGGCACGCUGCUGAUGUGUCUGAUCCACAUCUUCAAGUCUGGAAUGUUCCGGAGAAUCACAGCAGCUGCCACUAAGCUCUUUACCAGCGAUGGCUGUGAGGGCAGCUUCUAUACCCUGGAGAGCUUGAACGCACAGGUGCGCUCUAUGGUCCCCUCUCACCCAGCCCUGGUGCUGCUCUGGUGUCAGAUCCUGCUGCUCGUCAACCACACUGACUACCGCUGGUGGGCAGAGGUGCAGCAGACUCCCAGAAGACACAGUCUGUCCAGCACAAAGUUACUCAGUCCUCAGAUGUCUGGAGAGGAGGAGGAUUCUGACUUGGCAGCCAAACUUGGAAUGUGCAAUAGAGAAAUAGUGCGAAGAGGGGCUCUCAUUCUCUUCUGCGAUUAUGUCUGUCAGAACCUCCAUGACUCGGAGCACUUAACGUGGCUCGUAGUGAACCACAUUCAAGAUCUGAUCUGUCUGUCCCACGAGCCCCCGGUGCAGGACUUCAUUAGUGCUGUUCAUCGGAAUUCUGCUGCUAGUGGCCUCUUCAUCCAGGCAAUCCAGUCUCGUUGUGAAAAUCUCUCCACACCCACCACUCUGAAGAAGACUCUCCAGUGCUUGGAAGGCAUCCACCUCAGCCAGUCAGGUGCUGUGCUCACGUUGUAUGUGGACAGGCUUCUGUGCACGCCCUUCCGUGUGCUGGCUCGCAUGGUGGACACCCUCGCCUGUCGCCGGGUAGAAAUGCUUUUGGCUGCAAAUUUACAGAGCAGCACGGCCCAGUUGCCAGUGGAAGAACUAAACAGAAUCCAGGAAUACCUUCAGAGCAGCGGGCUCGCUCAGAGACACCAAAGGCUCUAUUCCCUGCUGGACAGGUUUCGUCUCUCUGCUGUGCAAGACUCACUCAGCCCCUCCCCUCCGGUCACUUCUCACCCGCUGGAUGGGGACAGGCACAUGUCCCUGGAAACAAUGAGUCCAGACAAAGAUUGGUACAUUCGUGUUGUCAGAUCCCAGUGUUGGACCAGGUCAGAUUCUGCACUGCUGGAAGGUGCAGAGCUGGUGAAUCGGAUCCCUGCCGAAGACAUGAGUGCCUUCAUGAUGAACUCGGAGUUCAACCUAAGCUUAUUAGCUCCAUGCUUAAGCCUGGGCAUGAGUGAAAUUUCUGGUGGCCACAAGAGUCCUCUUUUUGAAGCAGCCCGUGGGGUGACUCUAGACCGUGUGAGCAGCAUUGUUCAACAGCUUCCUGCUGUCCACCAGGUCUUCCAGCCCUUCCUGCCCACAGAGCCCACAGCCUACUGGAGCAAGCUGAAUGAUCUAUUUGGGGAUGCCACGUUGUAUCAGUCCCUGACCACUCUGGCCCGGGCCCUGGCGCAGUAUCUGGUGGUGGUCUCCAAACUGCCUGUCAGUUUGCACCUUCCUCCUGAGAAGGAGAGGGACAUGGUGAAAUUUGUGGUGAUGACCCUCGAGGCCCUGUCAUGGCAUUUGAUCCACGAGCAGGUCCCACUGAGCUUGGAUCUCCAGGCGGGGCUAGAUUGCUGCUGCCUGGCCCUGCAGCUGCCCAGCCUCUGGAGUGUGGUCUCCUGUGCAGAGUUUGUGACCCAUGCCUGCUCCCUCAUUCACUGCGUGCGGUUCGUGCUGGAGGCCAUUGCAGUGCAGCCUGGAGACCAGCUUCUUAGUCCAGAAAGAAGGAUAAAUACUCGAAAGGCUGUCAGAGAGGACGAAAUUGGUUCAGACACACAGAGUCCUAAGUAUAUCAUCACGGCCUGCGAGAUGGUGGCAGAAAUGGUGGAGUCUCUGCAGUCGGUGUUGGCUUUGGGUCAUAAGAGGAACAGCAGUGUGCCAGCGUUCCUCACCCCUGUGCUCAAGAACAUCGUCAUCAGCCUGGCCCGCUUGCCCCUUGUCAACAGCUACACACGCGUGCCCCCCCUGGUGUGGAAACUCGGAUGGUCACCUAAACCAGGUGGUGAUUUUGGCACAGUGUUCCCCGAGAUCCCUGUGGAGUUCCUCCAGGAAAAGGAAGUCUUUAAGGAGUUCAUCUACCGCAUCAACACACUAGGGUGGACCAGUCGUACCCAGUUUGAAGAAACUUGGGCCACCCUCCUUGGUGUGCUGGUGACGCAGCCCCUUGUGAUGGAGCAGGAGGAGAGCCCACCGGAGGAAGACACGGAGAGGACCCAGAUCAACGUCCUGGCUGUGCAGGCUAUCACUUCCCUGGUGCUCAGUGCAAUGACUGUGCCCGUUGCCGGCAACCCAGCUGUGAGCUGCUUGGAGCAGCAGCCCCGGAACAAGCCCCUGAAAGCUCUUGAUACCAGGAUUGGGAGGAAGCUGAGCAUUAUCAGAGGGAUUGUGGAGCAGGAGAUCCAAGCAAUGGUUUCAAAGAGAGAGAAUAUCACCACCCAUCACUUAUACCAGGCGUGGGAUCCUGUGCCCUCUCUGUCUCCGGCUACUACAGGCGCCCUUAUCAGCCAUGAGAAGCUGCUGCUGCAGAUCAACCCUGAGCGCGAGCUGGGGAACAUGAGCUACAAGCUGGGCCAGGUGUCCAUACACUCUGUGUGGCUGGGAAACAGCAUCACACCUCUGCGACAGGAGGAGUGGGACGAGGAGGAGGAGGAGGAGGCCGAUGUUCCCGCACCUUCAUCAGCACCCACAUCUCCAGUCAACUCCAGGAAACACCGGGCUGGAGUCGACAUCCACUCCUGUUCACAGUUUCUGCUUGAAUUGUACGCUCGCUGGAUCCUGCCGUCCAGUUCGGCCAGAAGGACCCCCGUCAUCCUCAUCAGCGAAGUGGUUCGAUCUCUUCUGGUCGUCUCAGAUUUGUUUACUGAGCGCAACCAGUUUGAGAUGAUGUACCUGACGCUGACAGAGCUGCGGAGGGUGCAUCCUUCAGAAGACGAGAUUCUUGUGCAGUACUUGGUGCCCGCCACCUGCAAGGCAGCCGCCGUCCUUGGAAUGGACAAAGCCGUGGCAGAGCCAGUCAGCCGCCUGCUGGAGAGCACACUCAGGAGCAGCCACCUGCCCAGCAGGAUCGGAGCCCUGCACGGCGUCCUCUACGUGUUGGAGUGUGACCUCCUGGACGACACUGCCAAGCAGCUCGUCCCCGUCGUCAGCGACUAUAUCAUCUCCAACCUCAAAGGGAUUGCCCACUGUGUGAACAUCCACAGCCAGCAGCACGUGCUGGUGAUGUGUGCCACUGCGUUCUACCUGAUCGAGAACUACCCUCUGGACGUGGGGCCAGAGUUCUCAGCAUCAGUAAUACAGAUGUGUGGGGUGAUGCUGUCCGGAAGUGAGGAGUCCACUCCCUCCAUCAUUUACCACUGCGCCCUCCGAGGCCUGGAGCGCCUCCUGCUCUCAGAGCAGCUCUCCCGGCUGGACACGGAAUCCCUGGUUAAGCUGAGCGUGGACAGAGUGAAUGUACACAGCCCACAUCGGGCCAUGGCGGCCCUGGGCCUGAUGCUCACCUGCAUGUACACAGGAAAGGAGAAAAUCAGUCCGGGUAGAGCCUCGGACCCUAACCCUGCAGCCCCAGACAGCGAGUCAGUGAUUGUUGCCAUGGAGCGGGUGUCUGUGCUUUUCGACAGGAUCAGGAAAGGGUUUCCCUGUGAAGCCAGGGUGGUGGCAAGGAUCCUGCCUCAGUUUUUAGAUGACUUCUUCCCACCCCAGGAUGUCAUGAACAAGGUCAUUGGGGAGUUUCUGUCCAACCAGCAGCCAUACCCCCAGUUCAUGGCCACUGUCGUGUACAAGGUUUUCCAGACUCUGCACAGCACUGGGCAGUCAUCCAUGGUCCGGGACUGGGUCAUGCUCUCCCUCUCCAACUUCACGCAGAGGACCCCGGUCGCCAUGGCCACGUGGAGCCUCUCCUGCUUCUUUGUCAGCGCCUCCACCAGCCCGUGGGUUUCAGCCAUCCUUCCGCACGUUAUCAGCAGGAUGGGCAAGCUGGAGCAGGUGGACGUGAACCUUUUCUGCCUGGUUGCCACAGACUUUUACAGACACCAGAUAGAGGAGGAGCUCGACCGCAGGGCCUUCCAGUCUGUGUUUGAGGUGGUUGCAGUGCCAGGAAGCCCGUACCACCGGCUGCUGACUUGUUUGCGAAAUGUCCACAAGGUUACCACCUGCUGAGUGCCCGAGGUGGGAGAGGCCAGGAGGAAGUGGUGGUUGGGGCCGGAGCCUCCAGGAGCCUGCGCCUCCAGGAGCCUGCGCCAGGCCAGCUCAGUCACUGCAGGCUUCCGCUCAUGUCACACAGGCAGCCCAGCAGUGUGUGGGUUUUUGCCACGUGGCAGAAGUGUUCCUGCAGCAAGCUGGUUGUGCAGGGGACAUAGGAGUGUUGCUGGGGGAAAGCUGAGCCCUUAGAGAGCAGGAGCUACGGUAUGGCUGGCCUUCACGCUGCAGCCAGGGGCAGCACCCACUGACAAGGCGUUUCUUUCUCCCAAUGUUCACCUUUUGGUUGUCACCAGGUUGCAGCUGCCCUUGCGUCUGGGACAGAAGUCCUCAUUCUUGCAGGCUGGCCAUUGGCUCCUCUGCUACCCCAAAGGUAGAUCACGUCGCUCACAGGCUUUGAGAGCACGCCCCGUGUCUCCCAGUGGUGUGCUCCCCGCACUCUCUGUCUGCACGCACAGACACUGCGGCGGGUGCCAGGCUGGAGGCUGGGAGUGCCAGACACCCAGCGCCACCCCCCUUUCUCUGUUUUCUUCUCAGGAUUCAAAAUUUAAUUAUAUCAGUAAAGAGAUUAAUUUUAAUGUAAUUCUUCUAUGCCCGUGUAAAGUAUGUGAACGGCAAGGCCUGUGCUGCAUGAGACAGCGUCUGUGGAGGUGGACAGGGGCCCCUCCGGCCACUGUUCCCUCUGCCAUAGAGACUUGCAAACCCUUCUUAACACCCGGUGACGUUUCUGUUGCCCAAGUCCCCCUUUUUUACUCAUUCCCGUUUAGUGAGAUUGUGGAGAGGGGGUGGUGUUCCAGCAUCCACAGCAGGAAUUCUCCCUGGGACCCCACUCUGAGGAGGGUGAGGAGGGGGUGUAGGAGGCCAUGCUCACCUGCAGCACCCUCCUUCUCAGCACCGACAGCUUGCACAUUCUCUGCCCACCAGUAGGGGCAGCGGCUUCCCUGCUCGUUAGCUGACAAGACCACCCACCUGGCCAUGAGCUACCUCUGUUGUAUCCAGAGAUGUUGACUCUGACAUCCUCCAGUUCUGGUCCCAGGCUGGCCCUGGGCUGUGGUCUGCCCUAGGAGCUGGUGGCUGGGGUUGGGACCUGCCAUCCCCAUGGUCUCCUCUGCAUGUCGGGUCCAGACAGCUCCAAGGUUGUCACUGAGCUGCAUGGAGCCUGAGCACCUCUUGGGUGAGAGCAAAGUUUGGUGUCUUGUUAGCUGUUAGACCCCAACACCUCUUCUGCUCCGUUCCCAGCUCUCAUCUAUACACUGCGCCUCCUUUCAGCUCAGGACAGUGCAUAUCUGUGCCCACCAGAGCCCCUGUGGUGGGGGGGAUCUGAGGGGCAGGAAUGAAAUGGGUAGGUGGGAGGGGACAGUGACUUGGCCUAAGAUAGCUCCACACCCCUGUCAGCUGCCGCUCCCACCCCUAGGCCCUGGGUUCUGGACCAGCCUCCUGCUUCCAGGCCUAAAGCAGCCCGGUGGUUAAAAAUGAAGAUGCGCCCCGGGUGGGAGGGCUGCUCUUGUCUCAGGCCCAACCUGGGAGCUCUGCUUGCUGCGUGACCGUGAGCCCCUGAGGCUGGCCUGGCUCGUUCAGUGACUGUCAUACUGGUCAGUUUGUUCCUGACAGUCAAUGUUUUAGGUACUUGACAUGGUAAAUGGAGAUGAUUUUGGAGCUAUUUUCCAGAAUCUGGAAAGGAGGAGAAUCUUUUGGUACAUCAAGUUAACCUCACAUCCGUCUGAGCAGGUGCUACCUUGAGACCCCAGAGCUUCCUCUGUCCCUGUCCUGCUGUGGCAUUUGGAGGGGAGCUGCGAUGCCACUGCCCACAAGCUGGAGGGGAGGUUGCAGGCCGCUGCGAGGCUUUCCCUGGCAGCUCCCUGCAGAGGCCUCCCGUACCAGGACCGGCUCUCCCUGGUGUCAGGCACAGCACGAAUGGUAGAAAUGGAUCCGAUUUUUGAGGAGGACCUUAAGGGAAGCUACUGAAUUUUAACUAAGAGAAGUAAGAAAGUUACCUUCUCCUUACUGGUUUUGGUCUCCCAUUUCUCAUCCUGCCUUUUCCCGUGGAAAGCCUAUUAGAAAUGUUUGUGGAUGGUGGGAAAGUUCUCAGAGCUUGUUGCUGCCCCUGCCCCAGGUUAUUUCAACAGCUCUGAGACAGGCAUAUCAUAGGCAGGAGGCUGUUCCUGGUUAGAUGUUUACAUUUGUAAGAAAUAACACUGUGAAUGUAAGAAUUGGAGCCAUUCCCUUUAGAGUUCAUAUCACUGGGCUCGACAUAGAGUUUAAUUGGCCUUGUUUAUCAUGUGAUCUACAGUAGUCAGUUCUUAGCAUGGGGCUCAGAACCCAGCUCUGGUGAUAGGUGGCAACCCAACGACCUACCUGUGCACUUUAGAGAUGAAUAUGAGUUCAUUAGUAAAAUUACUUUACCCAUGCCUAAGUCUACAUGUAUGUACACAUAUAUGCAUCUAUAAUUUUAUGUACACACACACACAUCUCAAGAUAAACAUGCAAGGCCUCCGAGAAUGCCCGCGUCUGUUCUUCCUAGAAGUUGACUUUUCUUAGACCGGCAUGUAAAGUUGGCUGUGUGACUCGGACAUCUCAGAGUGGGACUCUAUAAAAAACAGGGCUCAUUGCUCAUUGAAGUCCCAUGGAGAAAGUAGUCCACCAUAUAUCAACUGUCUGCAGAAGGAAUUAAGACUUUGUUAAGUUCCUAAAAAUCUGUGGCAAGCACCAAUCAUAUUAUCAAUCCAGAUUUUAUCAAAAAUGUCAUUAAUUUGGUUGUCGAGUUUUUUGGGGAAGGCCAGGGGUUGGGGGUUUUGUUUCUCUGCUGGUGAUGUCAGGAAAGGUUUUAAUGAAACCAGGGUAGAAUUGUUCGGCAAUGCACUUAACGCGUGUCUCUUCUCCCAGGACGUGCCUCCCUCCCACUGCUGGCCCCGGCUGAGGUGCGGGGGUGACUUUCCAACUGCCAAGUGCCCUUUGUUACUGUUCUCUCAUUUUUGUCAGCACGUGUACCUUUUCAGGAGGAGAGAGUGAAGCUGAAACACCUCCAGACACCCAGAACGUAGCAUCAGAGAAGGCUCUGUGCCGCAAAGGGACGCCCUCCCCCCACCCCACCCCACCCCCCGCCUCAUCUACGGGCCCUCUCAGAGCAGCAGCUCCUGGUGGGCUGAGCCGAGCCCUGCUGGCACGCUCUGGAGGGUGGGUCUCACACACAGCAGUAGCUCAGUUCAUGGCCAUUGUGCACAUGGGGCACCCCCUCCCCACUGCAGGGGCAGAGUGAGUAUGGGUCUGUGUGUUUGGGGCAGCGGAAUUAGUUUCCUCGUGCUACCUGUGAGCAUCUUUCCUAGUGAAUGUCCUCACUCAGGGCUUUGUCCUGCCUCCCUCUGCGGUGAGUGCCCAGGACCAUAGUUGCUGGCUGGGGUGGACUUGGAGCUGUCCUCUGAUGGAACAACAUGUGGGAACAGGGAGAAAGACCUCGAGAGCCACUGAGGCUAGGGGGAGAGCUCAAGGUGGCUCAGACAAGAAGACUGUUCCUCACUGGGCCUGCUGCUGCUGCAGGGGAGGGGGGACCUGCUCAGACAGCCAUGUGACAACUGAAGGCGACCUAGAGGGUUCCUGGGCCACUCUUCCCUCGUGUGCCUGUCACGCUUUAAUGCAGUCAGAGGAACCCCUCCCCUCAAGUGGUUCGGGAGCAGAGUCUCCUGCAGACUGGGUGUGGACCGUAGCCAUCAUGGACCUGCCUGCAGUAUUUCUGUUCUGACCUACAUGGGCUUCGCUGCUCUGUGCUGUGGGCAGAGUGGAUGUUGGCAGGAGUUGGAGCUCUGCUGGGAGCCAGCAGGGCUGUGAUGGGAGAGUCCCGGAGCCCCAGCCCUGACCUGAUGGUCCACUUCCAAGAAGAGAGGGAAAGACUGAUGUGAGAUGUAUAUUUAAAAUUUUUAAGCUGCUCCAAACAUUGUACAUCCAAAUUAAAGGAAAAAUCAAACCAUCUA